CUUCUUCUUUCUCUCUCCCGAGAUUCCCAUUUUCCUCUCCUCUAUAUAAGCUUUUUCCCCUCUUCUUUCUCGAAACACAAACGACUCUCUCUCUCUCCCUCUCUCUCUCUCUCUCUCUCUCUCUCUCUCUCUCUCUCUUCUUCUUCUGUUUCUCUCUCUAGAAACCGAAAAUUUCAUCCCAUGGGAUUCCCAGUCGGAUACACAGAGGUCUUCUUCCCAAACCUCUUCCUUCACACUCUCUCUCUCCUCGGCUUCAUCCGGAACCUCAUUUUCUCUCUCUUCCACUUCCUAGGCCUCUCCGAUUUCCUCGAAACCGACGUCGUAUGGCCCCAAUCGUCGUCGCCGCCGGCGCAAUCGCCGGAGAAUCCGCCGGUGUCGGCUCUCCUGAUCCGCGAACUCCUUCCGGUGAUCAAGUUCAGCGAUCUUGACUCCGUCGCCGGUGCCGGAAACUCGCCGGAGAGCUGCGCGGUUUGCCUUUAUGAGUUCGACGGCGAGGAGGAGAUCAGGUGGUUGACGAACUGCAGACACAUUUUCCACCGGGCUUGUUUGGACCGUUGGAUGGAUCACGAUCAGAAAACGUGUCCGCUUUGUAGAACGCCAUUUGUCCCUGAUGAGAUGAAGGACGAGUUCAAUCAACGGCUCUGGGCCGCGUCUGGAGUUGCCGAUUUCUACAGUGAGUACAGUUCGUUUGAGGUUGGUAGUUAGAAACGGGGUUCUUUUUUUUUUUUUUUUUUUUUUUGGGUAUGGCUCGCUUUCUGAGUUGUGUAUAUAAUACAUGGAAUUUGGUACAAAAAGAGAGAAUUUUGAAUA